UUAGUACUAAAAUGUUUUUAAAUUCACGUAGAGCAGAAAUUUUGUUGCAGUUCUAAAUACGUUUGGUUUGGUUUGGUUGAUUGUUCAACGUUACAACACAUAAACGUUAACCAACACUGACGGCUGCAGCAGAACACGGGCAGACAGCAACAACAACAUCAGCAAGAGCAACAACAACAUCACCGACGUCUGGCCUGCGUGUGCUUGUUCCUGUGUGUGUGUGCGUGUGAGAUUGGAAGACAAUGGCUGCAGCUGCGGAUCUGGUUGUUCCUACCCUUGCCAUUCGCUCUAGCGUGGCCGUUGAGCUAUGGUCGACGGCCGGCGCCAAGCAGCCCUACGAGCACAAGUCCCACCUGCCCCGCGAGGAGACCAAAAGCUCCCGGUCCAUCUGUUUCAGCCCUGAUGGCCGGUACUUUGCAUACUCCAACGGACUUGAGGUAAAGGUUCUGGAGACGCGAAAGGACCAAACCAGCAGCUGGCCGGUGCAGUGCACACUGCCGCGACCCAAGGCCUUCUACCUCAAGUUUUCGCCGCGCGGCAGCUACCUGUGCACCUGGGAGCACUAUACUAUCACCAAGGACCGACCGGAAGGAUCACCUAACCUUCUUGUCUAUGAGGUGGCAAGCGGUAACGAAGUGUUCGCGAUCGUUCAAAAGAACCAGACAGACUGGGAGCCUUCUUGGUCCUCCGACGAGUCCAUCUUCGCCAUGGUUGUCGGUGGGGAAGCCCUCUUUUACGAUCUGGGCGAGGGUACGACCAAGGGAUUUACUUCAGCUUCGCGAAAGAUCGGAGGAAGCCGCGGAGGAAUGCUCUCGCUAGGCCCUGGAAACAGCCCACCGUUCUUGGCCUUUUACACGCCGGGAGCCAAGGGAGCCCCCUCCAUGUGCAAACUCUACAAGUACCCGGCGCUGGGACAGAACCAAACCGUCGCCUGCAAGAGCUUCUUCCAGGCGGACCGCGUCGAAAUGUUGUGGAAUAAACGAGGCAGCGGGUUGCUCUUGCUGACCAGCACCGAGGUGGACAAGAGCGGCGCUUCCUACUACGGCAACCAGGCCGUGCACUUCAUGGCCACCAAGGGUGAUACAUGCUCAGUGCCACUUUCGAAGGAGGGACCUGUUCAUUGCGUCAAGUGGAGUCCCAAAGCAAAUGAGUUUGUGGUCGUCUACGGGUUCAUGCCCUCCAAGGCAGCCCUCUACAAUCUCAAAUGCGAUGUGAUCUUUGACUUUGGCGAGGGACCGCGCAACUGCGCCUACUUCAACCCGUUCGGCAACCUCAUCGUGCUCGCCGGCUUCGGCAAUUUGCCAGGAGCCGUCGAGGUGUGGGAUGUGUCGAAGCGUGAGAAGCUGGCGAAUCUCAAGUGCGCCGACACCACCGUCUUCGAGUGGCAUCCAAACGGUGAAUGGUUUGUCACCGCUACAACAGCGCCCAGGCUCAGGAUUAGCAACGGCUUCAAGGUUUAUCAUUAUUCUGGAGCACUUCUCCACGAAACCAUGUGGCCGCAGGGUCAGGAGCUUUUGGGUAUCGAGUGGCAGCAGUUCCAGGACAAAACAUUCGCCGAGCCAAAAAUCACCAAGGCCAAGCAUGAGGGGAUCAAGUCGAGCCAACCAGAGGCCAGCAAGAAAGCCUACACACCGCCCCAUCUGCGAUUGCUGAAGGAGGGAAAGAAUCCGGACAAGUACCUGCCACAGCCAAGCAUCCCUGGACUGGCCGCGGCGACGGCAGGUGCUGGAGCAGGUGGUGCUAACAGCAGCAACAAUAAGCGGAACGCCAAGAACAAGCCCAGGGGAGUCAGAAAGGAUGUCCACGCUGUGAAUGGCGGCGAUGCGGACUCUGCGACAGCUGAGGUGGCUGCGCUUCCAGGAGCAACCCCAUCGACGGUUACAACAACCGGAGACGAGCCACUCCUGCAGCAGCAGCAUGCCACGCCCAGAGCAAGAAACCAGCAGGACAACGCUGCCGAUCAGCCAACACAUCCGCAGGGGGGCCAGGCCAAUGGCCAAAACAUCAGUGAGAAGGAUCGCAAGAUUCGUAGCGUCGCCAAGAAGCUGUCGGACAUCAAGAAGCUUAAGUUGCGCCGCAGUCAGGGCGAAAGCCUCGAGCUGAACCAACUGAACAAGAUUAAGAUGGAAGCACGGUACCUGGAUGAGCUAAAGGCUCUGAAGUUGUCUGCUUAGGAUGGGACGAGGAUGGUUCAAGCAAGACGGCAGCGGAGAGAGGGAAACAGGAGGCGGCACAGAGUAGGCGACACCGACGCUCUCGAGUUCGUGAUCGUGUAAUUGUGAUACACAUACACCACCUUGUCCAUCUUUGUUUAACUCCACUCUAGUCCACUCCACUUUCACCUCCUGCUCCUGACCGUCCCUUCCUGCUGUUUUACGCUCAUUUUGUGGCUCACAUUUUCCACAAGUUUCUAGUUAAAAACAUUUUUCUACUAUUGUGAUUUCUUAAAAAUUUUUUGGCAAAGCAAACAGUAACUCCCAACAAAACAAAUUUAUGUACCAAAUUGUGCUACCGAGUAAAUAAAGAUGUUUCCACAAAGA